CGCUAUUGGCGUUCGCGGAGCGUUGUGAUUGGCCAGUAGGCGGCGUUAAAUUAAUGGGGCUUUCCGAUUGGUCGGUUGGUUUGCCAGUCGUCGCUGGGUGGUGGGGGAAAUCAACCCUCUGUUUAUUUUUCUGAAUCUUGUUUAGUGAGCUGCAAGCUUUCAAGGUGUGCGUAGGUUGACAAAUAAAUGCGUUCAAAAUAUUGAUAAUCUAUACAAACUUCAGUGUUGUGAGUGGACGUGUCAAGAUAACAGUUGGAAAAGGACAAUUGUGAAUAGUGGUUUUGAUUGCCCUACGGAGAUGGUGAUUCUCGGCCGAUCGGAGAUGUCAGACGGAGCAACUACCGAGUGGGACAUCAACGAUGCCGUCGUGCCCCGCGUGUCAUCUUUCGACGGGUUCAGCGAGUGGUGCGACGGGCACGUGCGCCGCGUGUACCCGCCCGGCUGCGAGGAGGCCCGGCGCCACGCGAGCGGCUGGGCUAUGAGGAACACGAAUAACCACAACGUGCAUAUACUGAAGAAAAGCUGUCUCGGUGUUUUAGUGUGCUCCGCGAGAUGUCGACUGCCGGAUGGGUCGAGGGUGCAUCUCAGGCCUGCGAUAUGUGACAAAGCGCGGAAAAAACAACAAGGUAAACCAUGCCCAAACAGACUAUGCAACGGCGGCCGAUUAGAAGUGCAACCGUGCCGCGGCCACUGCGGCUACCCCGUCACCCACUUCUGGAGGCACACAGAACACGCCAUCUUCUUCCAAGCGAAGGGAGCGCACGACCAUCCACGGCCCGAGGCUAAGGGGGCCAGCGAAGUCAGGAGGUCCUUGGGAGCUGGCAGGAGAGUGAGAGGGCUAGCGUUACUGUUGGCGAGAGAGACGGCGAUAACUGAUAAAAUACUGACGAUGAAGCCUGAUAAGCAAAUGAUACAGAAAGUUGGCAAUCCUCCUCCGCAACCACCGCCGCUCAUUCCUGACAACCAAAGAACACUAGCAUGCACUUGCGGCCCGUUCGAGUGUUCAUGCCGGUGGCGGACAGAACCGACCCCAGAGAUGUACGCACCCAACGCCUGGUCGCCAGCGGAGCCCCACUACACCAACUACGUGCCUCCCGCGCCGCCCGCGCCCGUCCCUCAGCCCUACGACCCGACAGCCCUGCCAGCUGACGACAUUUUCCACCCCGAAGAAAUCUUCCAGCUAGACCACCCCAUCCGAAUGGACUUCCCCAUGGAAGAAAACACGCUAGGCUCCCCACCCACGUUUGCGGAACUAAACAAUGAAAACUCUAGGCCCGAAGACGCCUAUUGGCUCGAAUGGCAACGAGCGGCCGGCGGUUCGGAAUCCAGCGAAACACCCUCGCCGGAACUAUUCGGUUACCAACAGACCGAUUAUUGCGAGCAAACAUAUCCUCCCCAAGUCUACUACCCUGAAGACGCGCAAUACUACCCCACAGAAAGCACGAGAACCUCCCCUGUCAUGGACAUGCAAGACCAGCGGUACUACAGGUACGGGGAGGACUGCACUCAAAACAGCGCGGAGGUACAAACGUGGAAUUACACAGACUGUGCUUUCGCAUCCAACGAUCUCUCAGAAUGCAAACAAUACUUCGACGCACAACAACAGCAAGCAGUCAAUGCUUUUAGUGCCCUCUCGUACAAUUAA